GCUAGUAUUAAGUGGAAAUAAAGUUAUUUGUUUGAUAAAUAAAGAUAUUGAUAACUAAUUCUAAUUUAAUACAAAAGUCAUCGGAAUCCUAUCUUCUCGCAGGGUGCCACGUGUCAAUCCAUCUCAUAAGCUGGAAGUCAGACCAAACAUGAUAACAUCCCCACGUUACAUCUUAAGCUCAUCGUAUCUCCACCACCCAAUCUACAAGCCAUCUAUACCCAAAACGAACUGUACAACAUGGCCCAUUAACGUGAGAAUUGAAGAUAACCCAUGUUAACCGUAGCCGGAGACGAUGAACUAGACCCGGUCGUGGGACCAGAGCCGCCAACGGAAGCAGCCACUCCAAGAGUGUUGACUAUAAUCUCCCAUGUGAUGGAGAAGCUCGUGGCACGAAACGAGUGGUUAGCUAAGCAAACUACGGGAUUCGGGAAGAGCUUGGAGGCAUUUCACGGUGUCAGAGCACCAAGCAUAAGUAUAGCAAAGUACCUUGAGAGGAUAUACAAGUACACAAAAUGUAGCCCGGCGUGUUUCGUUGUUGGGUAUGUGUACAUAGACCGGUUGGCUCAUAGGCAUCCUGGUUCUUUGGUUGUCUCCUUGAAUGUUCAUAGACUCCUCGUCACUUGCGUCAUGAUUGCUUCCAAGAUACUAGACGACGUGCACUACAACAACGAGUUCUAUGCUCGGGUAGGAGGCGUGAGCAAUGCGGACCUGAACAAAAUGGAGUUAGAGCUUCUAUUUCUUCUUGACUUUAGAGUUACAGUGAGUUUUAGAGUUUUUGAGAGCUAUUGCUUUCACCUCGAAAAAGAGAUGCAACUAAACGGCGACGUUUCUUCCCUCAAAGAUAUUCAACCAAUGCAAGAAAGUCUCUCUCCUUCAUCCUCUUUAUCAUCUUUAUAUGAAUGAUAUGUAUACAAGUUUUUUUAUAUUUCUUUUAACUGAACGCGUUUGGUUGACAGAAAAAGUUUAUCAACUGACUAUCUAAACUUUUCACUCUUUUUACAGAAAUUAUCUCAAAUUUUUGCUAGAAAAACUAAUCAAGAUCUCAAACGAUGUAUACUAGACUAGGACAAGGAUUUUACAAUGUAAACCAGAUAAUUUAAAUAGUUUGCAAUUUUCAACUAAAGUAAAUAGCUUUUUUCCUACA